CUCUUUAGCGAAACGCGUCAACUCAAAACCACUUUAACUGCAGUCCUACGAACCAAUUAGUUAUUUGAAAAUGAGUAAAAAGACAACGCGAUCAGCAAAACCAAAGCCAGAUCCAGACGCAAAUAUAGAUACGGCUGCGCAAAAGUCGACCGUGGCUGGAUUAAAGAAAGUGCUCUACAUAUCCGAAAAGAUACUACCGGAUGAUAAUCAGCUGCUUCGCUUGGAUCGCUUCUACCAUCCUGGCAAGGGAAAAGAUGCAUUGUUUCUAACAAACCCAGAUGGCCAAAUUAUGGAGCUGCUGGAAUAUGCGGAGCCGCGACGCAGCUGGCUAAUCAACAGCGAGAUAUGCGCCAAUGGCAGAGUCUAUAUGACCAUACCCAUGGAUACAACACUGCUGGCGAUACACCACUUGAGGAAACACUGUGCGCAGAGAGCAAUGUCGCUGGAUAAUAUUGCUGUACACGAAGCCAGCACGAGUCGCUUCCUAACGCAGUUCAUUGACUCCAACGGUCUUAAGUGUGUGGCCGAUGCUAAGACGUCUGGAGACUUGACCUUCUACAAAUACAAUCAGGAGCGGACGCUCGCCUGGCUGGCCCUCAAGACACGACAUGUGGCAGAGAUUCUGAAACAAAAGCAGAUCCACUGCGGCCACAGUGCUCAAUCACAGAACUUUGUUCGAAGCGAAAAGCUGUCAGACAAUGUUGUCAACGAGAUGGACUAUGGACGUAUGGCCUGUGACAUUGUUGGCCGCUACCUGGAUUCCGACCUGCACGAUCAACUGAUCGGCUAUCUACAUAUACCUAGCGAGAUUCAGGCUAUAGUUGAGGAGAAAACCGCAGCUCAGAAGCGAAAGUCACAGGUGGGACUGGAGGGCAGCAACAGCAAAAAAAUUAAACUGAAUAGCCAUGACAGCGAUGCCGCAUCCAAGCUGAAGCUCAGUGGUUUGCUGGACAGCAAAAACGGUAAGGAUUGUAUAACGUCCCCACCCACUAUGGAACCGCUUAAGGAGCGUAGCAUGACGGCCAAAGAGAAGGCUCUGGCGAAAGGAGCGAAAGGUACCAAGAGCAUUGCAUCCUUCUUCAAAGUUAAUUAGACGUUUCUCUUUAGACUUUAGAUUAAAUGUAUCUUUUUCAUAUUUAAAUUUUUUAAAUAUGCUUCAUAAACUUGAUUAUACUUGGACUUGUUUGAGACGGGCAUUAGUUAGGUUCUUGGUAAGCACUAGGCGAAAAAAAGGCGUAACUCGGCAUUCCGACUACAGCAAAAAAUCAAACUUUCUAUCAUGAGUCGAAAAGGGAUAGCACUCAUACCCGUUACUUAGUCCGUAAUCUGCAGUAGCCGGCAUCUAGCUCGGAACCGGUGCCGCACUAGCCACCUAGCCAUUCUCACCUCGCUGGUGACAGAUCGACUACCGAGAAUGUAUUUCAUCGGAGAAUUUAGCAAAUGCAUGUCCUAGGGCGAAACCAUCCCUGGCUCCCGUUCGUUUACCGGUAGCUAGAUGCUAACGCCAGUAGCUAAUUCCCAAAUAACUACUGGUAGUCCAUCUGGAACUAGUUAUAAUAAAUAAAUAAAAAUUAAUUUUGCUUUUGUACU